AUGGACCAAGCAAAGGAGCUGUUGGAGAUGCCAAGAGAGUUCGCGAAGGACGGCAAACAAUUUAUCACACGAUGUAGCAAGCCUGAUAAGCGCGAGUUCCUCCGGAUAGCACAAGCAGUGGGCAUGGGUUUCAUCAUUAUGGGUGUUAUUGGCUACGUCGUCAAGCUGAUCCACAUUCCAGUGAACAACAUUCUGGUCGGCGGCGCAUAG